AAAAAUCCCAGAAAAUAUCACAUGAACUAUUUGAACCAUUUGAACAAUAUCUCUCUAUUAUCAAGGACACUACCUACUGUCCAGACGCAUACAUCAAAUAACAAACAGUUUGUUAUUUCUGCCUAACGAUGUUUGAGAUAUGAAAGACAGGACGGCAGAUGUUAUGUGCGCUUGAAACAAAUAAGGCGUUUCAAAUGAAUUUUGAGUCAGACUUUUAGGUUGAAGAUCAUUGUUUUCUGUUGAAUCAGUCUUUCAAACCCCGCUCUAUGAAGAAUCUGAUUUUUCUGACCAUAACAUACCAACUUGUGGUUGCUAUUUGGCCAAUAACAACGUUCACAUAUAAUAAUAUCGACACUAGCAUCAAUAAUAACUGCGGGAAAAACUUUCAAUUCAAGCCAAACAGAAUCAUCUUAACCCAAAAGUCCAUUUCAGCGGGUGCUAAAUUUCUCAAAAAGUUAAAAGUAUCAUCGUUUAAAGAAUGUUACUUUAUGUGUUGCAAUACAAAUGAAUGUAGCACGGCAAUAUUUGAAUCUAAGGCUACACAGUCCUGUUUUAUGUUUGAUUGUCGACAGCCUGGACAAUGCUUUUAUUCUAGUCAUUCCAAUUAUGAUACAGUCGUCUUGGAAGAAUCAAACGGUAAUCAAAGUUUGAAAAACAAAGUUGGUCUAAAUCAACAUUGUGAUUCAAAUAACUUGUGUGAUGAAGUUAAAACUAUAUGCUCUGAUGGGAUAUGUAUUUGUCAGUCUGGUUGGAUUGCUAAGAAAGGUUCAUGCGUUCAGUCAGUUUGUAAAUCACCAGAACUUCAAUUCCAGUGUGAUGAUUCUUCUACUUGUGUAGCUAUCUAUGAUAAAUGUAACGGAAUAGUUGAAUGCCCGGAUGGAUCAGAUGAGUUGUUUUGCCCUUCAAGAGUAAUUCACAAGCAAAAUGAAACCAAUCCGUCAUUACCGCGUAAUCAAAAACAAGGUGAAUUUGACGAGGGAAUUUUGUCUAAACCUUCAAAUGUAAGUUAUCAGCCCUUGGAAAGAUAUCAUUCCAGUCAACCAUCUUUAUUAACUACAUCUCGAAGUACUUCUCCAGCGUUGAUGGAUUUACACGAUCUAUCUGAUCCAUUAUUUUAUUCUAGUCAACCAAAUUAUCAUAAUGGUAGGGAACAACUGACAAAAUCACAUCCAAUUAAAUCUGCUAACCAAAAACCAUUAUUCAAUGCUGAUGAUAAAGAAUCGUUCAUGCUUGAUGUAAAUAAUAAAAUUAAUGAAAAUAAUGAUAACAAUCCUGAGAUGUUUUUUACUUCAAGUGAUGAUGAUGGAUGGCAUUAUCCUAAGGGACUACUUCAUGAUGUUUCAUCACAGGGUGGUGGUGAUGUCCUUUCACAAUCGUUGCCUAGAAAGCAUCUAUAUCGACCAGAUCAUCAUCAUUCGGUACUAUCACGAAUGAAAGCAUAUGAAACAGCAGGACUAUACAGGCCAAGAUCAUUCAAUACUUUUAAAGUUGAUUAUCCUCAGUCAUCACAGAGAAAUGAUUUAUCGUUCAUUCCUUAUCAUCAUUCCAAUAAUUUUAUGCGUGGGUCACAUCAAGAUGAACCACCAUUUUUUCAAUAUAAUCUGGAUAGUAAACACCAAUCUGAGAUGAUAAUUGAUCCAACUGUACUGGAAAUAUGGACUUUAUCAAUAAGUUUAGUGAAACAGGCGAUACUUUAAAAAAGUAUCCGUUGGUUCAUGAGCCUAAACACAUUCAUCAUAGGAAUGAAUUUGAAGACAUUAAUCAAAAGACAUCUAGUAUAGAUAAAAAUGAAAAUCGACCGGCGGCUCUCACUAGUACUAGUAGUCCCAUUACAACAACUGAUUCAUCACAAAGUAUAAUAGCUGCUGUUAAGCAAAGUCAAUAUGAAGGUCAUACUUCUGCUUUGUUAUUAGCAUUUAGUCUUGGUUUAAUUUGUUGUUUCAUUGGUCUACUUAUUGCUGAAUGGAGACGUCGGCAAAAAUUGCAUUUAUGGUCAUCGCAUCGUUCAAGACCAGAGCAAGCAAUUGUUUUUGGUGAUCGAACAAAAAUAUCCAUGCCAAGAUUAAAAUCAUCACGUCGAUUAAAGAAAAAUACGACUUAUGACCAAGUGAAUAAAACUAUAACAGGUACAAUAGAUGAAGAAAAAGCUCUAUUCAAUGAUUUAGUCCUUUAACUCAUCAUUGAUCUUAAGAAAUAUAUUAUGGUACAUUGCAUCUAUAUUUAAUUUCAGUUUUGAGUUUUUUAAGUUUUCAUAAUUGUCUAAUAUUUUAUUGAACUCUGUACUCAUUUAAAUAAGCAUUUAAGAAGUAAUACGAUCAAUCGGUUUUAUUUGUGAAUUUCCUCAUAUAUAUAUGUAAACUGUUUAUUUCACUAAAGUCUGUCUUGCAUUUAUUUUGAUUUGAUAUUACUUUUUAAUUGAUGUUCCGUGUAAUAUGCAUUCCUACCAGACAAUUUCGAUGUUGUGAUAAUCACCAAUGUUCUUUUGAUAUAAUAUUUUUACGUUUAUUUGCAUUGAUUCAUCUCUUUAUUAUCUAAAUUUUAUUACUAUUAAUAUCAGUAGUAAUUAACUUGUCAAUUUGUUCAGUGUUAUUCAACGUGAAUUUCUUUUAAUCGGUUUUGAUUACGGUAAAAUAUAUUCUAAGAAUUCUUUGUC